ACGGUACGAUCGGGAGCAAAUUAUGCAAAUGAUACUAGUAGAUGACCUUUCAACCUUCAAUUUGUAAGAAGCGUGUUGGAGGCCGGUUAUUCUGGAUUUUAACCUGUUUUAAUCGUGGUUUAUUGGGUUUAUUUAGUUUAUCCAGUACCCACGCUUUAUCAGUCUGACAGGGUAGAACAAUAUCGGGAAUUAUUUUCAAUUACAAAGAAAGAAAAGCAUUUUGUCUGAUCGGACUUGCCGAGCGAGAAAGACACCGUGUCAUUGAGGUAACUGCCCCGUCCCAGCCCAGCCGCGUUGCUCCGGUGUGUGAACUGUGAUUGCAGCAUCAUAGCUACGAGCUACGUGUAGUUUUCAUCGCCUUGUGUGGAUUUGGACUUCGGCCCUGAGUGUGAUAUUGCGACUAUUAAAGACAUUUUAACAUCUCUUCCAGUAUGCCUGAACAAGAGCAAAAGAAAGAGUCGACAGAUGCAAAGAUUUACUCUUUAGAUGAGGUCAAGAAACAUAAAACAAGUUCAUCACUUUGGCUGGUUAUUCAUAACAAAGUUUACGAUGUCACAGAUUUUCUGGACGAGCAUCCAGGUGGUGAGGAAGUCAUGAUUGAACAAGCUGGUGGUGAUGGAUCUGAGUCAUUUGAAGACGUUGGCCAUUCAUCUGAUGCAAGGGAAUUAAUGAAAGACUACUAUAUAGGAGAAUUAGCUGAGGAGGACAAAUUUAAUACAUCAACAAGGACGUCAUCAGGAUUUGGUAACCCAUCAGAGUCUGGAGGAAGUUUCUUUCUGAACUGGAUAUUGCCUGCUGCUGUUGGUAUUGGUGUGGCCGUUAUCUACCGUGUCUUCUUCUCUGGCAGUAAUUAAAAUCACAUCGAUCCGUACACCUGGGACCAACAAGACCCCAUUCAUCCAAUCAUCGCUCUCAAAACCAAUCGCACGGCGAGUCAUUCUGAUCAGUGACUUUGAUGUUCUUCCUCGAGUAUGCCGGUGGGCUAAUUUUGCCAAAAUGAUUUGAUAUUCAUUUCUUCAGACUUGAUCAGUACAAUCCAAUUUGUUGGGUGGAAGCAAUUCUUGUCCCCGAUAUUCUUUGAAUUAUACCAGUAAUUUAAUACGAUUUUAGUCAAUGUGCAUGAUGUUCUCUGGUAAGUUUGCUUGAAAUCUGGUUAUGCACAUUGUAAAUUCUGAAAUGGCCAAAUGUGUUUUGUAAAUUGUUACCAUCUUAUGCUAGUACCUGCAAAUUUUUAUAUUUAAUCUUUAAUACGUCUGUAUAUCUGAUAACCUACUUUGAUGAUCUUCAGAGUUGUGAUUUAGAUGCAGUCUAAAGUGAUAAGGUACAUGUACCAUGUUUGCAUUAUAACAUUCAUUAGUAGCAUUUUUAUCAGAUCUUUGUCUCAUAUGUUAUCCACAAACAAGGCAUUGAUUGUGUGAUAAUGAAUUUCAUUCCAUUCAAGCAACAUGGAAUCAUAGAGCAGGAAUUUGCACACAUUUGAAAACAUAUUUUGCAUUUACAUGUUCAUUCCAUUAUGUGAAGGACUUUAAAUGACUUAAUUUUACUUCUCAAUAUAUAUUUUUUUGCGAAAAGAAAACACCAUUUGUUGAUUAUCAUGUAAGCGUGACAACAAAAUCAAACGUAUUUCUGGUAAUUUUUUAACUGCAUGGUGUACAUAGCGGUUGGCAAUUUGCAUCGUUUCUUUGUUACAACAUAAUAUCUCUUAUAUCAUUAGAACUAUACAAAUGUACAUGUAUUCAGUAUGUACAGAAAUAUAUGUAAUAUUAUGAAUGAUGAUUAAUUAAAUCAAAAUGUGCAAAUUGAAUAAGAAUCAUGUGAAUUGCCAUUUAAUAAAACUUGAAGGUUUGAAAAUAUUGGAAUAUAUAAUUACAAAUUUUGUGACUUUCUGAUUUUGUACAUAAGUUCAAUGGAGGGUGCAUACAGUGUAGGUCAUAUAAUUAUUAAUUUCAUGUUAUCCUCACAAGUACUACUAGUAAUAUAUCAUCUACUAGACUGUUGGUGUUCAUCAAUGAUCAGUUUCCUGAUCUCAAAAGUAAAUGGUCAGGUCUAAAUUGUAAUUCCCUUUGUUACCAAUGAUAAGUUGCAUUUCAAUAUUGGUUCCCCCUCGUCACAAAACUUUUCACCAAAUCAAAACAAUCAAGGGAUAUUCCUCACUUUUAUUGUCAACUCUUAUCUUCAUACCAUUGAGAAAAGCAAUCCUAAAUCUGAGUUUUCUACUGGUCUAAUUGGCUAAAUCCACAUUGUUCUGUCAUCUAUUUACAAGAUGUAACAAUAAAUUUGUUCAGAAUUUAAAUUCAAAUAUUCAAUUUACCUAUUUUUUUAAAUCAAUUUAAUACAGGUAACUUUGCUUAAGUAGAAUCUCUUUGGACCAGAGACAUGUAAAGUUUGGGGAGGAAUUAUUAUUAGACCUCUUUACUAUAUAAUCAAGCUCCCAUAGGGUCUGGUCUAACAAUUAUAGAUCAAGCUGUAUGUAAAUGGGGGAUAAUUUGACGUAGAAGAAGGAAAUAACAUUUUGCAUUAUCUGUGUCAAUCACUGAACGUUGCAUUUAAAUGCACCUUGGGAGGUUGGUUUAAAAUCAGGUCUUAAAGUAGACCAAAAGCUUCAGUCUCUGUAUUUUGGUUGUUCCGCUGAACUGCGCUGGCUCCACUCACCAGUACAUGGGGUGAAUGGGGAUGAUAGUAAUAUGUCAGAAAUUGUUAAAUAAAUCCCCAGAAACAACGGUUAUUCCUGUCUAGUCUUAAAGGUACCAUAUGCAUCUGUUUUGCUGAAAUGAAGUUUUUCAUUACAACCUCAUUAACAUGUACAGCAGGGUAGGCCUCUGGUUU